CAGAAAUGUAUAUUUGUGAAUGUGGAGAUGUUAUAUUGGUUUCACUGGUAAAAAUAAAUAAUUGAAAUGGGUAUAUAUUUGUUCUUUGUUAAGUUGCCUAAUAAUUAUGCACAGUAAUAGUCACCUGCACACACAGAUAUCCCCCCUAAAAUAGCUAAAACAAACUAAAACCUACUUCCAAAAACAUUCAGCUUUGAUAUUAAUGAGUUUUUUGGGUUCAUUGAGAACAUGGUUGUUGUUCAAUACAGUUUUUCUCGAUUGCUUAAACACUAUAACCAGGCCUCUAAACUAAAAUUUCAAAACCAUAAACGCUAUUGGUCAAAAAGCUCACCCAUUUCCCUGAACUAUAAACACUAUUCCCUGCUUUGACACAUGACUCAAAUUUGGUGAACUGGUACUGCAAAACUCUACACACAAAUCCCUACAUUUUACAGUGCUUACACCAUGUAGUCAUGUAGAAAGCACUAGCAUGCAAUAAUGUUAACUUAAGUCAGCAUAGCUUGAGCCCAAUUAGCACACAAUUAACCAGGUGGAAACACUAGGAGUCAAAAUUUAGCACACACCAAUCAGAACCUGCGAUGGAUAGAUAAAAGGGCCAAAGUCAGCUCAUUCAGGUUUGAAACAAUGGAUCCAAAGAGAUGCAAAGGAAGAGGACGUGGUGGAGAAAGAGGACGUGGUGAAGGAGGAGGACGUGGUGGAGAAAGAGGACGUGGUGAAGGAGGAGGACGUGGUGGAGAAAGAGGACGUGGUGAAAGAGGAGGACGUGGUGAAGGAGGAGGACGUGGUGGAGAAAGAGGACGUGGUGAAAGAGGAGGACGUGGUGGAAGAGGAGGAGGAGGUGGUGAAGGAGGUGGAGGUGGAGAACGACGGCGACAAGGAAGGGGAAGAGCAAGGGCACGAAGACAGUCAGUCUCGGAUGAAAUUCGAGCCACUUUAGUUGACCAUGUCCUUGUCCAUGGGAUGACUAUGAGGGAGGCUGGGCAACGAGUACAACCAAAUUUGAGUCGCUUCACUGUUGCCUCCAUCAUCAGAACCUUCAGGGAGGAAAACAGGACACAGAGACGACCACCUGGUGGAGGCAGGUUAAGGCUUUUGUCGGAGGAGCAAGAGAGGGAACUUGUAAACAUGGUAAUUGCAAAUAAUGUAAUCCGCCUGCAAGAGAUUCAAAGGAGAGUGAUUGAGGAUGAUCAUCUUUUUCGAGGCAUAAAUGCCAUCAGCCUCUCCACAAUUGACCGCAUCCUCCGAAAGAAUCAAUUCCGGAUGAAACAGGCAUACCGAGUCCCUUUCGAACGAAACUCUGACAGAGUGAAAAACCAACGUGUGGAAUAUGUUCAGAGAAUCUUUGAGAUUGAAGGACGGCCUGUUCCCCAUGAAAUGAUCUUUGUGGAUGAGGCAGGUUUUAACCUGACCAAAAGAAGGAAAAGGGGGAGGAACAUAAUUGGCCAUCGGGCUAUUGUAAAUGUCCCUGGUCAGCGUGGGGGGAAUGUCACUAUGUGCGCAGCCAUCAGCCAACGAGGGGUACUCCACCGCCAUGCCGUACUAGGACCCUAUAACACUAUGCUUCUCCUUGCUUUUCUUGAUGGUUUAAGACAACAUAUGUUCCAGCUGGACUACAGGGAACCAGCACAGCCAGAGCAGCCUCACUACGUUGUUGUGUGGGAUAACGUCAGCUUCCAUCGCGCUGCUCUGGUUCGUGACUGGUUUACCAAUAACCCAAGGUUUUCUAAUAUCUUUCUGCCUGCAUACUCCCCCUUUCUAAACCCGAUAGAGGAGUUAUUUUCGGCAUGGCGGUGGAAAGUGUAUGACCGAGAACCUUAUGUCCGUGUUCACCUCCUUCAGGCCAUGGAAGAGGCCUGCCUAGACAUAUCAGUAGAUGCAUGCCAGGGGUGGAUCAGGCAUGCAAGAGGAUUUUACCCCCGCUGCCUGGCUGGGGCCAAUAUAGCCUGUGAUGUGGAUGAGAUUCUCUGGCCUGACCCAGACCAAAGACAAGAUGCUGUGGUGGGAUAAUGUUUCUGGUGUGUGUUGUACUGUAUAGUACAUGAAUGACAAUGUGCCACUGUACAUACAUUGGUUGCGUCUUUUGUGUUUAUCAUGUGACAAGGGUUUUGAAGGGGAGAACCAUAAGCAACCUAAUUGUUUUGGAACUAUUGUUUUGAAUUAAUUGUACCAGUGUGCAAAACUCUGUGGUUUUUUACCAGUGUGUGUGUUUUUGAG